UUCCCCAAGCUGUACUUAUAAUUUGGUGGGUUUCUGUCACUGUUUUCACCAAAACUUUGUGGCUCCGCUUCCCAAUGACGAGGUUCACAGGUUAGUCUUUCUCUCUUUCUUCUCUCUUCUGAUAGCAUCUGAUUCUUACUUUGUUGCUGCUUCGUUUUGCCUGUGUUAUACUGUCAAUUUUGGUACUCUUUGUUUCUCUUAUUCUCCAUGAUGCAAUUCCCUGAAACCCUAUCAUGUCCCUUGCAACAAAUCACUCCAUUUUCGAUUCCAACAAUGAACACAAACCAGAUUCACCAGGCUCGUCCGUGGCCUGGAUUCCCUACCUCAAAGGGUCUAGCUAGCUUCGGUGAUGCCAAUUGCAUGGAACAACUUUUAGUCCAUUGUGCAAACGCAAUGGAAAGCAAUGAUGCCACUCUAGCCCAGCAAAUCCUUUGGGUUCUAAACAACAUUGCACCACCAGAUGGUGACUCCAACCAGCGUCUAACGUGUGCUUUUCUUCGAGCUCUAAUAGUCCGAGCAUCCAAAAGUGGUACUUGCAAGUUGCUGGCUGCAAUGGCCAAUGCUCGUUGCAACCUUUCCAUAGAUACCCACACUUUUUCUGUCAUCGAGUUCGCUAACUUUGUCGACUUAACCCCGUGGCAUCGGUUCGGUUUCACCGCAGCAAAUGCCGCAAUACUCGAAGCUGUGGAAGGGUAUUCGAUCAUUCACAUUGUUGAUCUAAGCUCCACACAUUGCAUGCAAAUCCCUACAUUAAUAGACGCCAUAGCUAAUAGGCUCGAAGGACCUCCAAUGGUGAAACUUACAGUUCCUGGUGUUUCAAAAGAUUUCCCCCCGAUGCUUGAUCUUACAUAUGAAGAGUUAGGCUCCAAGUUGGUUAACUUUGCUAGGUCACGCAACGUGAUGCUGGAAUUUAGGGUUGUACCUUCGACUCACGCCGAUGGAUUUGCUUCGUUGAUCGAUCAACUUCGUCUUCAACAUCUAGUAUAUGCCGAAACCGGUGAGGCUCUAGUUAUCAACUGCCACAUGAUGCUUCAUUACAUACCAGAAGAAACUUUAUCUCCUUUACCUAAUGCAAACUCAAUCCCUUACACAUUCGAACCAUCUCCGAAACGAUCACUUCGAACGAUGUUUCUCAAGGCGCUUCGCGGAUUAAACCCGACCAUUGUAGUCCUAGUAGACGAAGAUGCGGAUUUGACACCAAAUAAUUUGGUGUGCAGAUUAAGGUCUGCGUUCAAUUAUCUAUGGAUACCGUACGAUACGAUGGAAGCGUUUCUGCCAAAAGGAAGCAAGCAAAGGCAAUGGUAUGAAGCUGAUAUAUGUUGGAAGAUAGAGAAUGUGAUAGCUCAGGAAGGUUUGCAGAGGGUGGAGAGGGUGGAAACGAAGAGCCGGUGGGUGCAGCGGAUGCGAAACGCAGAAUUUAGAGGGGUUAGUUUCGGGGAAGAAGCGGUUUCGGAAGUGAAAACGAUGCUCGAUGAACAUGCAGCUGGAUGGGGAUUGAAGAAAGAAGAAGAAGAUGUUGUUCUUACUUGGAAAGGCCAUAAUGUUGUAUUUGCAGCUGCUUGGGUGCCUGCCUGA